CGGCGCCGCGUCACCCGCUCUUGUAUCCGUGCGCGCGUUCUGCUGUCAUGGCUGUCCCCGCGUCUCGUUCGUCUCCCUCUCCGCUCCUUCUCCGUCCCCCCCGCCGCCUCCUCCUCGUCGUCGUCGUCCUCCUGCUGGGCUCCGCGAGCCUCGUGCACGGAGGAGGGAAGACCCUCGUCUUGCUGGACAACCACGCCAUCAAGGACACGCACUCCGUCUUCCUCUCGUCGCUCGCAGACCGAGGAUUUGAGCUGACAUACAAGACUGCCGAUGACCCAAGCCUGUCUCUGAUCAAGUAUGGAGAGUUCCUGUACGAUCAUCUCAUCAUAUUCUCCCCGUCUGUGGAAGAUUUCGGAGGAAACAUCAAUGUGGAAACAAUCACGUCAUUCAUAGAUGGAGGAGGAAAUGUGCUGGUGGCUGCAAGCUCUGAUAUUGGUGACCCAAUCAGAGACUUGGGGAGCGAGUGUGGCAUUGAGUUUGAUGAAGAGAAGACGGCCGUGAUUGAUCAUCACAGCUACGAUAUCUCGGAUGAGGGGGAGCACACGUUGGUGGUGGCUGAUGCUGACAACCUCAUCAAGGUGCCCAUGGUCGUUGGGGUGCCUUCAGGGAACCCCAUCCUUUUCCGUGGCGUUGGCAUGGUGGCUGACCCUGAAAACGCACUGGUCUUGGACAUCUUGACCGGAUCUUCCACUACUUACUCGUUCUUCCCCGACAAGCCCGUUACCCAGUACCCCCACGCAGUCGGCAAGAACACGCUGCUCAUUGCCGGGCUCCAAGGAAGAAACAACGCCCGUGUCAUCUUCUCCGGGUCUCUCGACUUCUUCAGUAACGCCGCCUUCAACUCCCCCGUGCAGAAGUCCACUCCGGGCUCCAAGAGGUUCAGCAAGGCUGGCAACGAGGAGCUGGCCAUUGCGCUGUCACGCUGGGUGUUCAAGGAGGAAGGAGUGCUCCGGGUCGGGGACGCAAAGCACCACCGCGUGGGAGAGGCUGACCCCCCAGCUGCCUAUACCGUCACCGACCUGGUGGAGUUCAGCAUUGUCAUUGAGAAGCUGGAGGAAGGCAAGUGGGUGCCCUACAAUGGGAAAGACGUGCAGCUGGAGUUUGUGCGCAUCGACCCCUUCGUGAGGACCUUCCUGAAGAGGAGCGGGAAUCGGUACAGCACUCAGUUCACGCUACCAGAUGUGUAUGGAGUCUUUCAGUUCAAGAUCGACUACAACCGACUGGGCUACACUCACCUCUACUCCACCACUCAGGUGUCGGUGAGGCCUUUGCAGCACACGCAGUACGAGCGCUUCAUCCCGUCGGCCUACCCGUACUAUGCCAGCUCCUUCUCCAUGAUGCUAGGCGUCUUCCUCUUCUCUCUCGUCUUCCUUCACUAUCGCGAGAAGGAGAAGUCCGAGUGAGGAGAGGAAGAUUCGCCAUGCGUCACCACGGGCUCCCCCGUUGCCAGCUGGGAUGCGACGUCUCGAUGGAUGAUGCCCCCUAAUGAGGGGUGGUGGCAGGGGACGUGGUGGGAGGUUACCAUUGGCAGAUCACCCCGGGCCACUACGGUAAAGGCCGCCGUAUAAAAUUCAAGUUGAAGAAGACCCUGUGGAAUCUUUUUUUUUGGCAAGAGUUUGAGGACUGCUGUGUGCAGUUCUGACCUAAAGUGUAUUGCGAUAAGGGGUGCAAAUGGUUAAAUUUCUAUUGUUCAUAAACGUGAGCCAGGGCUCAAAGUGCAGUGGAAAUCCGCCCAAGUAUGAAAACUCCCUUGUGCCGCUUGUUGCGUCUCCAACUCGGUGUGCAUUGAAAAUUACAAUUCCUUUCUGGUAGAAAUUAACCAAAAUGGUCGGAAAAAUAUUUCACCUCCUCAAGGGAAAUGCAAAAGUCUGGAUUUCCUUUUCAUAAUAUAUAUUCACUGAAUGAUAUUUUUAUUUAUUCAGUUAGACAUUUUUUUGGGGUGGGGGUCGUAAUUGCAAAACGGAAUGAUUUUGGUUCAUCUAAAGUACAUUUUCAGUUAAAUGUCAUUACCUUGACCAAACAUGUGAUAAGCCCAAAGGUUUGAAUGGAAGGGAAUGCUAAUGUAAAAUAUUACUUUACUUUGGGAGUAAACAAUAUAUGAAAGUGAAAUUUGUGUACAAGGUAAAACAAUAUUUGAAUGCAUUCCAAAUGUAAACAGAGCACUGGAUUAUGCAAUAAAAAUUUGGGUUUUUGGUACCACU